AUGGUUUCGCGAGCACCGCCGAGCGCGUGCUUUUCGAUUUGGUAGUGUUGUGCGUUCAGUCGGCAGCGCUUAAAUGUCUGCCCGAGGAAUCUAGCACAACUUUAAACCAAGGCUACUGCAUGGCUUAUGGUAGACGAACGCCCAUAGCGCAGAAUUCGCGAGCACAAGCCCUUCGGUGCUGGACGACUCGAAAUCUUCAGUGCGGUCACUGCUGUCACUUGCCAGUCAUGGCUGGAGAUGUGACACAUCCCAAGCACGGCGUCAACAGCGUCUUUUCACGGCGAGACAUCGAAAUUUUCGAGCGUUGGUUCAGAUGUGGCGAUCCAAAGGAGACUGGUGAUCUAGAUGUGGAAGGCCUCAAACGCCUGUGGACGAGUCUUCAAAUGGAUGUAACACAGAUGUCUGCCAAGUGGUUAAUUGCCCUAGCAGAUGACAACAGGAAUGGGAAGCUUAACUUUGGAGAGUUCCUGUACCUGUGGAUGAUGGCUGCUGAAAAUUCAGAGUUCCAGUCAACACCUGAAGGCCAGGCCAUGUUGCGAACCAUGCAAGCCUUUGAAAUUUAUCCUGUUGCUUCUGAAAAAAAGCAAAGCUCCUGCUACACUUUAAAUCCAUGGGUACGAUCAAGAUUUCUAGACCAAGGAGAUGAAGGGCGACCCUUGGAUGUAAAACUGCCUCAGUCUCGGAUACAAGAAGCACGAGAGCUAUGCCAAGGAGCUGCUAAGCAGCGGGCAGCGUUCAUAGCUCAGGCAAAGUCACUUUACGAAGGAAGCACUCGAAUGCAGCACAAGGUCCAUGCAGAGCGCAGAGCAGAAUUCAUCAAAUGGGCACGCACAACUUUUGAAGAUGACAAAGUUGUGCAGAAGAAUGUUGCAGGUGAAAUUGAGCAUGAAGAACAGGUCACGUACCACGACGCUUCCGUAUGCCCAGUGAUGAGCAAGUCAUCCCCUGCUAUCAGCGAGUUCUCUCUAGACCAGUGUUCUUUCCUGGCCGACUGGUUUCACAGAUGGGAUAUGAACAAGGAUGGCUUGCUUGAUGGGCACGAAAUUGGUAACAUGUUUCACUGCCUGCGAAUUCCCAUCAGCCCAAGUGCCUUGCAGGCUAUCGUCCAAUAUUUUGAUGAGGACAUGGACGGCAAGUUAAAUUUUCGUGAGUUCUUGCUCAUGUGGCGUGCAGCAAUAUACGACCCAGAUUUUCAACGCACUGCCGAGGGGUGCAAAAUGGUCAAACACAUGCGAAUACACAACCUGCUGCCCAACCAAGCAAGGAAGCCAUCAUGGUGACCACGGACGUGCCACCGGAGAAGUGCCACAUGAUGAGACAGAAACGAGACAACAGAGACCAUUUCAUUUGUUACACCUCCUCGUUUUUAUUUACGUUACUAAUAACUUAUGUGUAUCACUGC